AUGAUAACGUUGUAAUGGAAGUAGAAUAGUGGAAGGGAUAAAGCAACAGGCAAAUCGUGCUAUUUUAGUAAGAAAAAAUUUAUGAGCUCUCUUUUAUAGAUCGUUUAAUUUAAUAAUCAUUAUUCAAGGAUCGUGUAGUAUAAUUUUUUAUUAUGGCGGACGAAAAACUGCCCGAAGAGGUGACCAAACAUAGUUUCAGAUUCAAAAUGUGGGAUUAUAUGAAAAAGAAUGGAUUAGUAAGCUUUCCACUUGAUAUUCAUAACCGCAUUCCAAACUUUAAAGGUGCUACAAAGGCAGCUCAGCGUUUAACGGAGUUGGAAGAAUUUAAGAAAGCAAAAACUAUAGAAAUCAGUCCAGACAAACCACAAAAGCCAGUAAGAUAUUUAGCUCUGGUAGCUAAUAAAGAGAUACUUGUCCCUAUUCCAAGAUUACGUUCUGGUCUGUUUCUUCGCGUUACGUCUAUAGCUGGUGCAACAAAUGCAGAAUUGAAAACUCUUUCAACGAUAUAUGGCUUGAAACAAGUUGGUAAACCGAUUGGAGUUGAUUCAAAUGUGAAGGUAGAUUUAGUUGUAUUAGGUUCUGUGUGUGUCAGUCGAGAAGGGUACAGGCUUGGUAAAGGAGAGGGUUUUGCAGAUUUGGAAUUUGCAAUGAUGGUGCGAAUGGGUGCAAUAACACAAAGUACUAAGAUUAUUACAACUGUACACGACUGUCAAAUAGUAGAUGAUCUUCCAUCCCAGUUGUUCAAAGAGCACGAUGUACCUGUGGAUAUAAUAAUUACACCAACUCAAACAAUAAUAGUCCAACAAAAAGUGAAAAAAUAUUCUGGCAUUAUAUGGGAAAUGCUUAGCCAAAGAAAACUUACAACUAUGCCAGUGCUAAGACAGUUCAAAGAAAUGGACGAGAAAGAAGGAAAGAUAGUAAUUCUAAAGGAAAUAGAUUCCGAUAUGGAAACAGAACGAUAUUACAAAAAUCACACUAAACGUUUGAAGCAUAAAAAACGAUCCAAUUCGAAUCAAUUUUCGUUUAAUAAAGAAGAUUCUUCCCCUGAGGAAAAAGAUAGUAAGGAGGUAAAAAGAUCAUUUCCAAAAAAGAGAUAUUCUAGAAAGAUAAAAAAAGAAGAAAAUAUUGAUCCUUCUUUUAAAGACGAAGAGGGAAAAAAAGUAAUACUCGAAAAAAGUAAUGAACGCAGAAAAUAUGCUAACUCAAGACUGAAAUCAAAUAUUGACUUUUCGUUAAAAUUAUCGAAUAUCUCGUACAGUGUACGGGUACGCGAUUUAAAAAAUGCUUUGUUAGAACGUGGAGUUAAACCAAAUGAAAUAGUCUGGCAAGGUUAUCGUGGUAUUUGUUAUCUUCAUUUUAACAAACUCAAAGGUAAAAAUAUAUCGCCGGAUCAACCAGUUCAGGUAGAUUCCAUAGUAGCAAAUUUACAACAGCUUCGUAUCGGCGAUUCGACAAAUAUAAUCGUGGAACCUGCGAAACCAAUUUCAAGAAUUGAAGUAACAGAUGUCUCGGCUGUAUAAAUAAGACUUGGAAAUGUUUACUUUAUUAACAAAUAUUUUAUAAGUAAAUUUAUUUCGACGAGGACGACUGCCGUAUAUAAA